AUGGGAGUUCGUCAUGUGUUAGGAACAGGAAAAUAUCUAGGCUUACCCUCUAUGAUUGGUAGAAGCAAGAAGGCUACUUUCGCGUACAUUAAGGAUCGAAUAUGGAAUAGGAUUAACUCUUGGAAAGGGAGAUCUCUAUCUAAAGCAGGCAAAGAAAUUAUGAUCAAAUAUGUUCUCCAGGCCAUACCGUCGUACAUUAUGAGUUUGUUUAUUCUUCUAGAGGCGGUUAUUCAGGAUAUUGAAAGGAUGUUGAAUGCGUUUUGGUGGGGAGGUGGGAGAGAUAGUGGAGGAAUCCGAUGGAUGUCUUGGGAUAGAAUAGCGUGUUCUAAAGAAGAUGGAGGUUUAGGAUUUCGAGACUUUAAAGCUUUUAACAUAGCCAUGGUUGCAAAACAAGGUUGGUCCUUAUUAUCGAAGCCAGAUACUCUCGUCUCUAGAAUUUUCAAAGCAAGGUACUUUCCCAAUAAUUCUUUCUUUGAUUCUUCCCUUGGGUAUAAUCCGAGUUUUGUUUGGAGGAGUAUUUGGAAAGCCCGUGAGGUUCUAACUCUAGGAUGCAGGUGGAGUAUUGGAGAUGGUAGUCAGAUAAGUGUUAUGCAGGAUCCGUGGUUUCGUGGCAGCAGUGAAGGUACAUUAAGAGGGCCGCAGAAACAGGAGGUUUACCAUAUGUUUGUUAAUAAUCUUAUGCAGGCCAAUGUUAAGCAAUGGGAUGUUGAUACUGUUAGAAAUCUUUUUGACGCGUCGGAUAUGGAAAAAAAUUCUUCAGGUUCCCUUGCUUGA